UGAUGUAUUUUCGCUGGUUAAGCUUAGAUUCGUGUCAGUAUCGUACGAAGUCGCCCCACUCGAUUAAUAAAACCGUAAAGCACGUUAUAGCACAGGUUGUAGUCGUUUUGUAUCUGUCAGAUACAUCACACGUUGUGAUCUCGGUUUUCGCAAGGCGUCAAGUUCUCAAGUCUUUCGCCUAUCGCCUAUCGCUCGCUUAAGUAUUAUAAUUUUAGAGCACUACUUUCAGACUAAAUCGAGUUUAUUUUUACAUGUCCCAUUGUUAAGCAUUUAACGGGCAAAUGCAGUGAAUGUGAAAUAUUGCAAGUGUUACACAAUAAACUGUGAUAUAUACUUUAUCUUAAUUAGAAGCUCGUUCUCAAGUGAAUAACUUAUAAGAAUGCUCCAAGCAAUUCAAAAAAUGUUGCGCAAGAAUUUUCUUUACAUAUUUCUAGUGCUUUUUUUAACUGAAAAAAUCCUGGCAACGACCAUCUCGCCGUCAAUACAGGAUUUUAAAAUUUUUAAUAAAAGUGAAAUUGGUCUCGAAUUUGUGCCUCUGGAUGUGCCCUCAAUGGUACCAAUUGAGUUAUCCACGACAACGACAACAACAAAGACUCUGACUCCAUCAUCUGAGAAACCAAUCAAUGAGAAUAAAGAAACAAAACCUCCAACAAAAGAAGAUGCCAACUAUUGGCGCAAAGUUGGAUUGACGCAACUUAGAAAAGUGAUUGGCAUUGCCAAGAAGGCGAAGGAGACUGCUUAUACACGGAAAGCUAAAAAUGUUAUAAUUUUCGUGGGCGAUGGCAUGGGUUUGACAACCAUAACAGCGGGUCGCAUUUUCAAAGGUCAACACUUAAAACAAGGUUAUGGUGAGGAGACAAUGUUAUCGUUUGAUGAUUUCCCCUAUACUGGAUUAGCCAAGACUUACAAUGUCGAUAAACAAGUACCCGAUUCAGCCGGUACAGCGACAGCAAUGUUUUGUGGUGUUAAAACAGAUUACGGUGCCAUUGGUAUGGACGCUACACGCGAUCCCUUAAAUAACGCAACUGGCAAACUCACCUCAAUUCUGGAUUGGGCGCAAGCAGCUGGUAAACGCACUGGUCUAGUCACCAAUACACGUAUAACACACGCCACUCCAGCAUCAGCCUAUGCGCGCAGUUAUCAUCGCGACUGGGAGUGUGAUACAAAAGUGCCGCCACCUUCACUUGGCAAAUAUGUAGACAUAGCACGGCAAUUAACUGAGAAUGCGCCCGGUAAUAAGUUGAAUGUUAUAUUGGGAGGUGGUCUGUCACCUAUGGGUGCUUCUAAUAAAACCGAAACUGGCAGAGUUAAGUUUGAAGGUCCUUCAGAAGAUGUGUGUCAGCGCGGCGAUAAUCGUAAUUUAGCACGUGAAUGGUUGCAAAUGGAAGGCACAAAUAGAACGAGAUUCUUUGUGCAGACUAGGGAACAAUUGGAAAAACUUGAUUUAAAAAAAACUGAACAUCUAUUAGGAUUGUUUAGAAAUAAUCACAUCACCUAUAAAAUUGCAAAAGAAGAAGAAGAACCUACGCUAAAAGAAAUGACCGAAGCUGCUCUUAAUGUUUUGGAACGAGGACAUAAAUCCAAUGGUUACUUGCUAAUUGUUGAAGGUGGACGUAUCGAUCAGGCUCAUCAUCAGAAUUAUGCGCGUGCCGCUAUGUACGAAGUAGUCGAAUUCGACGCAGCAGUUGAGGCAGCAUUAAAAUUAACCAAUGAAGAGGAAACGCUUAUAAUCGUCACUGCUGAUCAUUCACAUUCUGUUACCUUAAAUGGAUAUCCAAAACGUGGUGCCGACGUUUUGGGUUUUGCAAAUAAAGCUAAAGAUCCUUUGGUAUAUGAGACAAUUUCAUAUGCCAAUGGUCCAGGUUAUUGGGAUCAUUUGGCAAACGAAACACGCAAUGUGAAUGAAAGUAACAUUUGGAUACGUUUAGAAACGUUAACGCAAGCAGAACGUAUGUCACCCACUUAUAGGCACAUGGCAACAAUACCAGUUAAGGAUGAAUCGCAUGGUGGUGAAGAUGUCGUUGUUUUUGCCAAUGGUCCUGGUUCAAGUUUAGUACGCGGAGUUUUCGAACAAAAUUACUUGGCUUAUAUUAUGAGUUAUGCGGGAUGUUUUGGCCCAGCGAAGGACUUUGAUCACACUUGUAUACAUAAGCAAGCAUAUAGGAGUGCUAGUAGCAGAUUACAAGGAUUUCAAUUUUCAAUUUUGCUGUUACUGUCUAUCUUUAGUUUAUUUCGUUUUUAAUUAGUUUAAGUUUUUGUGU